UAUGGCGAGGAGUGUCCACAAAGCUGAGUUCACAGUGGAUCUUGAAGGUAUAGACACUGAAAUGACUGCUGCAGUGCCUGAGAGAAAACUGUACAGAGCGGUUGCUGUGAGCUUUGGACUGCUGUGUAUCCUUCAAGCUGCUCUCAACGUUUCCCUGCGUCUUGCUCUCUGCAGUUCUGAUGACGAGACACAAGACUUUGAGACCAUUUGCAAGAACGUGACUGAAGAGAGAGACGAGCUGAAGAGGAAGCUGAUUCAAAUCACAGGUGAUCACUACUCCCAACUAGGAUGGAAGUAUUUCAGUGGUAGUUUCUACUACAUUUCCUCAGACAUGAAAACCUGGAAGGACAGUAGAGACGACUGUGUGCAAAGAGGUGCAGACCUGAUUAUUAUCAACAGCAGAGAAGAACAGAUGUUUACUGCAGGUUUCCAGACAGUCCUGUGGAUUGGACUGACUGACAGAGAAACAGAGGGGACAUGGAAAUGGGUGGAUGGGACACCGCUGACUACAAGCUACUGGACCUACCAUGAGCCAAAUGGUGCUCCAGACAGAGACGAAGACUGUGCCGAAAUUAAGGACUUUUAUUUAAUUAACAGCUGGAAUGAUGAACCAUGUGACGCCCAAAAAUUCUGGAUCUGUGAGAAGACAUUGCCUCUAUAACUCAAUAUAUAAUCCCACAUGACAGCCACAUAACACAGUGCUAACAUAAUGCUAAGCAAGCUGCUGUAUGAAAAGAGUCUCAAUAACGAGACAUAAAUAUCCAGCUUGGUUCACUGCUUUGACUGUUAAUGAUGAAGACUGAACAUAUUAUUAAUGAAUGUCUGUAUGAAGCACCACGCAGUACGAUCUGACCUCGUGCUCAAGCUGCAUUAGGGGAACAUCUGAAUGGAAGUUACAUAGUGGACCGUUUUGCAGUUCACAGUUGACAUCCAAUGACAGUAUCUAGUGCCCACAGAGAAAGCAGAGUGCUCUUUAUGAAGCGAGGACUGGAGUCACAUCUUGUCAUGACUAAUGUUCACUUUUUAAAUAACUUUAAUCACAUCCCCUCAAUUUGUAUUUCUCACUUUUUAUGUUUUUGUGAUUGAUCAUUCGCUUUCAGAUCCUUUUUUCAGU